AUGACCGUGACAAGCGAUGGAUUCGUCGAGCUCCAGCAUGCGGACGCCGGCGACAUCGUCGAGCAGGUCGAGCAGGUGGUCAUGGAGUGCGAAGACGCCGACGCGGUCGAAGAAAAGCUGUCGGUGGUCAUCCCGGCGCCGGCGACCGACGAAGCCGCCAAGGACGACGACGCUACCAAGGACGACGAGGACGACGAGAAGGACAGCCCCGUAGCGGUGGACGCGGCCAAGGCCGAAACCAAGACGACGCCGACAAGCGACAAGAAGAAGAAAAAGAAGAAGAAGAAGAAGGGUAAGAAAUAG